GAAGCUCAAUGUUGAAACCAAGACUCAAACAUUCUUCCUUUUCUGCUUGAUUUUUUAAUUUUUUUUGUAUAUGCGGAUUAAGUUUCGACGUCAUUUGGAGCGACGCGGUCGGUGUGGAAACAUGAGGAUAACUGUCGGCUCCCGUGGAUGAUUGGAUGAUGAUGCCCCACAAUGAACACAGAUUUUCAAAACACACUGCAAGUCCCUCGACCAAAGGUUCGCAGUCACCUGACCAUCAAAGUGCAUGCAAGCUGAUGUCCAGGCCGUGUGCUCAAAACUGCUGUCGCCCCAAAGCCCAGACGCCUGUGUGAGCCCCAUGCACCAGGGGGAGUCCUGCCCCCCUCAGCGCCUAAGUAAUGGAGACCUGGCCCACUCUGAUGGGGAGGCAGAAGAUCUUCAUGAAGUGGCUACAAACAACCACGACAAAGAGGGGAAAAGCGAGGAUGAGGUCAAUGACGUCGGACACAAAGACAACGACAAAGAUUACUUGGCAGAAGAAGAAAGUAAUUGUAAAACAGAAGAAGGUGUAGAUAUAUUAGAUAAUGAUGGCAACAGCAUUGACUCUGAGCACACCGUAAAAGCUGAUGAUGGUUCUAAUGUUACUAUUCCUGAGGAUGGAAACACUGAAAAUAACUUCAUCCAGUCUGAAGUGGGUGAUGACACUGGUAAUGAGAGAACAUCAACGCCUUUACUCAAUCCUGCUGAGAUGGAGGAUAAAAUGGGAGAGGAGGAGGAAAAAGAGGAACCAAGUUGUAUAGCAAAAAGGCAAGUUUGUGACUCUUCAGGACCCAAACAUGUAGAGGAAAAGAACCUUAAAACACCACAGUCCCUCAGCCGGGGUGAUAAGGACAAUGAUACUGGACAGAAUGGAACAGAUAGUGAACAAAGAGAGGACUUUGUGCACUGUUUACAGACAGAUGGGACUGAGUUGGAAGCCGUAGGAUUUGCAUUUGGAUUCAGUGUGCUUCCAACUGUAACUGAGGAAUAUCCCUACGAUGUGAUUGGCCCCACAGAUGUUGCCAGUGAUAUAUAUGAGUCAUGUGACCCAGCUGAAACAGAGGUAUGGCAACCAGAACGGGCCACCAAGGACCUCUCUGGCUGUUUCCGAUUCACGUCCAGCACUGAGGAUGUUUUUGGGCCUUAUUCGGUUAUCGAAUCUCUUCCACCAGAUGUUACAGGCACAGCCGACCCAGAGUGGGUUCAGGAGGAUACAGAGGAAAAACCCUCAGAUGAACUGCAAACGGCAGGUGCUUCUAACCAGGAACCUUUCUAUGUGUCAUCAGAUGACGUGGACAAGCUGGAGGAUAAGCAGGUCCUCUUAGAACAGGGUGAGAUUGAGGAGGGGACAGAGCAGUUGAAUCAGCACAAAGACAAAGCGAAGGACAGCGAGUCAGCAGACGAGUAUGCAGAUAUUGACGAUUCCCUCUGCUUACAAGCAGAGGACAAGCAGCUGGAGUGUGUCUCAUCGGAAGAUUACGUUGAGAUAGGUGAUGAUGACGAAGACGAAGAAACGGAAAAGAAACAUAUUAAAGGAAAAAGUGUGAAAGAGAGAACGGCUAAACGAGAGCAGGCCUUCCUCAGCCAGCGAACAAGCUGCCAGCCUCGCCUCAGGUUGUGCAACAUCACAGUGCCAUCAGACCUUGAUGUGGGCCGCACCCCGGAGCUCACCAAUCGGGUGGUGUUUGCUCACACAACGGAAGCCUUUGAAGAAGACAUUGAGGAACUGGACUGCCAUAUUGUGCCUUACAAUGAGGACACAGACUCAGACAGCGAGGAGCAUAUAUAUGAGGAGGCAGGGUUUGACUCCGAAGGGGAGAACUUUGUGACGAUUGAUCUGAAGUCCAUUGUCACGCGAUCGCGCUCUUAUUCUGGGAAAGUUCCAGGUUAUGUUCCAGAAACUGUACCUGAGGAGACUGGGACGGAGUAUCAGACUCAUGACUACUGCACAGUGGCCUUAGAUAAAACCAACGAACCUCUCAGCCAACCGCAGAAGUCUCAACGUUUGUUGUUUUAUUCCCAAUCUGCAGAGGGUCCAGCAUUGACCAUGACCAGUCCUACAGAGAUCAACCACUCUCUGAAGGAUGACGUUAGGAGGAAGAGGAAAGAUGAUACCCUUUCUCUCCCAAGCGUCAUAACCUCUUCUGGAAGCUUCUCCCAGCGUAGCCAUCAAUCAUCCAGUGGCAUUUCCACGCCAACUUCUCUUGUGGACAUCCCACCACCUUUUGAGCUGGCAUACAUAACUAAAAGACCAGUCACCAAGAGUUCCCCCUCACUCCUGAUCCAGCAUGAACCCAAUGACAUAUCUACAAAGAAGAAGUCCUCCUUCAAGCGCUUCCUGGCGCUCAAGUUCAAGAGGAAGACAGAUUCGAAGGGUUUCAGCGAUGGAAGUGUCCGCUCUUCUCGCUCUUCCUCAGAGUCCAGCCACCACGGCCCCGUGAGGGUCAUAGAGCUUGAUCGUAGAAGCACCGGCAGCUCUCCUCAGCUUCCGAACCGCAUUGUGAACCCUCAGCAGCACCCUAUGGAACUGCCAUCCCCCUUUGUCCUAUACAAAGACCACCACAGGAGGAAAGGUGACCCCAAAGCUUAUGGCAGGAGUGUCUCCAGAGUUGAGUCCUUCGAGGAGCGUUCUCGGCGCUCCGCAAUGCCGCUGCCUUUGACCAAACCCCGCUCCAUCUCCUUCCCUAGUGCCGACACCUCAGACUAUGAAAACAUCCCGGCCAUGAGCUCAGACUAUGAGAACAUUCAGAUCCCAACUAGACCCACCAGGUCCCACACUGUCACCGAGUUUUUUGAGGACCCAAAUCGCACCACUAUCGCUUGCAAUGAGAAUGACGGCUAUGUAGAUAUGAACAGUUUCCCUGGAAUUGACAGCAUAACCCAGACAUCAAAAGACGACACUGAAAGUGCCUACACAGAGCCUUUCCCAAUGAACCCCGUCUCUGCUGCGCUGUCAGCGGACGAGGACCACGGGCGGACGUCAGAGGAGGAAGAGGGGCAGUCUGAGCAGAGCUAUGACAGACAGGUUGAUGGCCGGUCCCGAGCGUUCUACGUCGCCAAAGAGCUCGUCGACUCAGAAGGACUCCACGUCAGCGCCCUCAAGUACCUUCACCAGGACUUUAGGUCUGCAGUGGCAGAGGCGGCGGUGGGCGAGGACGGGGAGCCCGUGCUGGACGAGCAGAGGUUAGGAGAGAUCUUGGGCGUGCUCCCCCAGGUCUACACGCUCCACAGCAGCAUCCUCACUGAGCUGGAGGAACGCAUCAGUCGGUGGGAGGAGAGCCAAAGGGUAGUAGACGUGAUCCUGUCACGUCGGGAGGACUUUGGGGUGUUUGACACCUUUAUCUCAGAGUAUGAUCGAAGCAUGUCCUUACUGGAGGAGAGCUGCAGGGAGAACUUAGCAUUCGCCAACAUCGUCAAGACGUUUGAGAAAAGAAGCCCAGAGAAAGCUGAAGUCCCGCUGAAUCACCAACUGCUGCAGGUUAUUGUCAGAGUGCUCCAGUAUCGAAUGCUACUCACAGAUUAUCUAAACAACCUCUCUCCUGAUUCAAAAGAAUACGAGGACACGCAAGCUGCCUUGGUGAUUGUGUCCGAGGUGGCGGACCAGGCCAAUGACAAUCUGAGGCAGGGGGAGAACCUGCUGCGUCUGGUCCACAUAGAGUACAGCGUGAGGGGCAAGAGGGACCUCCUGAAGCCCGGGAGGAUUUUUGUGAAAGAAGGCACACUCAUGAAGGUCUCGAGGAAAAGCAGGCAGCCACGACACCUGUUUCUGAUGAACGACAUAAUGCUGUACACCUACCCUCAGCAGGAUGGGAAAUACAGGCUUAAGAACACGUUGUCUCUGUCUGGGAUGAAGGUGAGCAAACCGGUUCUAGACAACGUGCUGAACUGUCUUAAGAUCGAGGUGUCCGACAUCACGAUAACACUCUCAGCAAGCUCGGUGGUAGAGAGGGAGGACUGGUUCCACACUCUGAGUCGAGCCAUCGCAGACCAUGCUGCAGGCCUCUGUACGUUUGGUGGACCCUGCAGUGAGGCCCGUGAGAAGUUGUGGAUGGCCCUGGGCGAGGCUGCUCCCGUGCUGGUGCCAGUUUCUCAUGCGAUGAUGUGCAUGAACUGCACCUCUGACUUCAGCCUCACGCUGAGACGACACCACUGCAACGCCUGCGGCAAGGUGGUGUGUCGUGCUUGUUCCAGGAACAGGUACCCACUGAAGUACCUUAAAGACCGGGUGGCCAAAGUCUGUGACCACUGCCAUGCUGAGCUCAGGAAAAGAGGUGGCAGCGUGUCAGCGGCGUGGGGAAGCUCCAGUCCUCGGACACAUCGGGCAAGCCGUCCGCUCUCAGCUGUCUUCCAGAGCCUGCAGCCACCGAGCUUGUGGAAGAGCAGGAAGAGUUCCUCCGCUCUCAACCAGGUGUCGCUUACCGUGGAGGGAGCCACAAUGAGCGGCAGCCUGCAGCGCCGGAAGAAGAGCAAGAGGAAGUGGAAGCGUCUGUGGUUCCUCCUCAAAGACAAGGUGCUCUACACCUUCACGGCCCGUGAGGAUAAAGUUGCUACAGAGAGCCUUCCUCUGCAGUGCUUCACGGUCAAACUAACAGAGAGGCCAGAGGGAGAGGAAAGCAACACAUUCCAUCUCUACCACAAGAAAACUCUGUAUUACACCUUCAGGGCCGACGACCCACAGACAGCACGCAGAUGGGUCAAUGCCAUGGAGGAGGCCACGGUUUUGUAGCGCCCAAAGUGCGAAAUGAUCACGUCCUGCUGCCUGUGACUGCUAGAACUCCUGUGUGGAGCACAACAUGGCUACCUGCUGCUACCAUCACAUUGACCUGUUUUGUGGAAUAUUACGUGAAAGUCUAAUCACCGGAUACGGCCGCGACCCAACGGAAUGACGGUGAAAGAAGGAAACGAAUGAAGGGAGAGUGAAGAACCUCUCGUUGGAGAAAGAUCCCAACAUUUGAAACCUCCAAGAGUCACAUCGCUCCAGCCGAGGUGGAGAGCAGGAAGAGCUCCUCCGCCUUCAUCAAAUGCUUCUUCAAAGAAAAAAAACAUUUUAUUCACCAAGUUCUCAAAAUCAACUCCUUCAACUUUGCUUUAUUUCAGUGUCUUGAACCUGAGGUUCCACUGGACUACUGAACCACUCUUUGGUGGUUCGCGGGAGAAUAUUGCCAGCUCGAUUUUUAUACGUGAAACAGUUACAGCCUUUGUUAGUUUGAUGGGUAUAACACCACAAACAAACUUUGCUUUUUAGCAGUAUUGGCAGCCAGUAAAACAAAAAAAUAUUGGUCACCAUUUCAGAUGAUUAAUAUUCUGAAUAUAUAUUGUGAAGCAUACACUGCAGAUAUGAAGUGAAUUAUAGGGUUUGUUUAGAAAUGCUGUUACAUGAUGUUCUGAGUAAGAUGUCAUUUUAAUCAUCCCAGUGUGUGUACAUUAUAUUGGUUGUGAAGUUUUACACAAUGUUACUAUUAUAUCGAAUCUACAAUAUUUGGCAUGACUCGACAGUAUUUCUAAGGAUGAACAUUUUCAAAGAUACUUUUUUGUAUUUGAAUCUGUAGGGUCUGAAAAAAAAUGCAUCCAGUGCUUAAGUGCCGAUUGAUUUCUUCCAGUUGUGCUGUGCUAUUUGCAAAUUGAUUAUGUGCCUGAAAUGAAACUGUCCCCCUUUUUUCAUCUUGAUAUUAUCAAAGUACUGUACAACUGUCAUAUCACCGGAAGAUACCUUGAUAACAUUAGCUUUUUAUCUACUUGCGUCUACUAUAACCUCUAGUAUUUUCAACAGUUCACCAUUUGGAUGAACACCGAUUGGAGCAACAGUCUCAGUUACACUGAGAAGAUACUUUUGUGCCAUUUCGAUGACUGCUCUUUUCAUGCUGUGCAUACACUGCUGGAUAAAAUCACACCUGCACUCAAAGGGAAUCACAUGGUCAUCAUGGCGUCUUGUUUGGAAUUUCACUUUUCUUUACUGCUUGAAAUACUACGACCUGCAUAAGAUCUCCUGAAUGACCUGCCGAGAGGCCUUUAUCUACUAAAUUUGGACGCCGGCUGUACGACAUCUUUCAACGUCAAACUACGUUAUUACAGUAAGUACAGAUGAGUUGAUCAAAUACUAUUUGGCUUUUCUACCUAUUUCUUAGUGUUUGAAUGGACUGUACCUCUUGCAUAUAGUGCAUUGUAAAUGUUUGUGUAUAUAGAUACAUAUAGAAAUAAACUCCUUUGAAAAGUG